AUGGGGCGCCUGACCGAGGCGGCGGCGGCGGGCGGCGGCGCUUCGGCUGCGCGCGCGGCGGGGCCCCCUCCCGCUCCCCUUCCCCCGGCUUCCACCUCCCCCGGGUGCACGGCCACCAUGGCGUCCAGCGAGGAGGACGGCACCAACGGCGGCGCCUCGGAGGCCGGCGAGGAGAAGGAGGCCCCCGGCAGGCGGAGGCGCCUCGGCUUGUUGGCCACCGUCUGGCUCACCUUCUACAACAUCGCCAUGACCGCGGGGUGGUUGGUUCUAGCUAUUGCCAUGGUACGUUUUUAUAUGGAAAAAGGAACACACAAAGGUUUAUAUAAAAGUAUUCAGAAGACACUUAAAUUUUUCCAGACAUUUGCCUUGCUUGAGAUAGUCCACUGUUUAAUUGGGAUUGUACCUACUUCUGUGAUUGUGGCUGGGGUCCAAGUGAGCUCAAGAAUCUUUAUGGUGUGGCUCAUUACUCACAGUAUAAAACCAAUCCAGAAUGAGGAGAGCGUGGUGCUUUUUCUGGUCGCGUGGACUGUGACAGAGAUCACUCGCUAUUCCUUCUACACAUUCAGUCUUCUCGACCACUUGCCAUACUUCAUUAAAUGGGCCAGAUACAAUUUUUUUAUCAUCUUAUAUCCUGUUGGGGUUGUUGGUGAACUCCUUACAAUAUAUGCUGCCUUACCAUAUGUGAAGAAGACAGGAAUGUUUUCGAUAAGACUUCCUAAUAAAUACAAUGUCUCCUUUGACUACUACUAUUUUCUUCUUAUAACCAUGGCCUCAUAUAUACCAUUGUUCCCACAACUCUACUUUCAUAUGUUACGCCAAAGAAGAAAGGUGCUUCAUGGAGAAGUGAUUGUAGAAAAGGAUGAUUAAAUGAUCCCCCUGAACAAGGUGCUUUUUCCAGAAUAACCAGGAUUACUUGAAUCCAAGUUUUAAUAACAAGAAUAAACAACUUUAUGAAAUAUUACAGAUUGUAUGAUUUCUUAGACUAUAACCUGAGAUGUGGUAUUUGCCAAUAUUUGUCUUCACAUUGUGUUAGGUCCAUUUUCUAUAAAGAACUAUGCAAGUAUUUACUAGUAUUUAUUACCAACUCCUGGGAAGGUGAUCAUUAAAAUAAUUGGGUGCAUGAUCUAGGGGGGGAAAAAAAGCUUUUUAAAAAUUUUUACCUUUUUUUUUUUUUUUUUUGCAGCACAUGCUCCAAGGUUUUUAAAUCAAUAUUUACAAAUUAGUUUAAUGAUUUAACAUUGUGAACUUGCCAGUGGUAUUUAUGUGAUCUUUAUAAAUGAAAAAAGUAAAUGCAGAAUUAUAAUGACUUGUUAAGAAUAUAUUGAUAUUUCCUGAACCCAGAUCUGUUUCCUACAAGUUAUAAGGCAAUAUUUUUGAUUAAUAACCAUUUUUGGGAGCAUGGACAUAAUUUGCUUUGAUAGAACUUUUGAUAUAGGUAAAGUAGCUGUAUAAUAAAAAUAUUCAAGUAGAUGUCACAAUUGGAAAAUAUUCUUUGAGUAUGUGUCUAGGCUGUUAAAAUUACAUGUACUGCUAGGCAAAUUUAUUUUUAUUUGGAUUAACCUUCAAGGACAACCUUUUCAACUCUAAGGAUUUUAAGGGAUUAGAAAGAAUGCAAGUGUAUACUUUGCCUCACUUGUAAAAACAAAUAACAUUGGGUCUGAUCAUAACGUUAGAACUCUGGCGGAGAAGGGCUUCUCUGCACCUGGAAUCAUCUAAUAAAAAUCAUGUUAUGAUAAUCCCUUUGUGAUACUAAGGUAAUGAAAAGUUUUGGAGUAUGACCUGACAGACUCAUUUUAUUCUGAAUUCCACUGAAUUUCAAGCAAGAAGUCUUAUAAUAAAGCUCCUAUCCAUGUGCUUAGUAGAAAGACAUUACAAAAAAAAAAAAAGAAAGACAUACAAAGAUACUUUAAUACUGCUUUAAUUCUUAAGUAGGCCCUUUAAAUAUUUUUUCCCUUUACUUAGGUAAGGUAUGCUGCUUUACGGACCCAGUUUAGAGACAGUAUUAAAUGUGUGACUUUAAGAGAAAAGGAUUUUUUUUUUCCCUACUACAGGUAUGGAGGAGAAUUUUGGCUUUAAAUAUUCUGUAUUGUGUUUACAAUCAACAUGUACAUUACACAUUUCAAAACUGUACCUCCUCAGUUUUCUUCAUGUGAAAAUUUGCAGUUCAGAAUAGUUUUUGCAAACUACCAUUUUAGGUAACAGGAUUUUUAAAAGGUGCUAUUUCCUUUAUUACAUUUUAAUAUUUCUCUGCAGCUGAAUGUUUUAACCAGCCCUGUGUAUUCUCUGUAUGAGGUUACUAAUUCUCAAAAUGCCAGUGUUAAUUCUGCUCUCACAGUGUUUGAUCCGUUUUUAUCUUGAAUUUUUAUAUGGAAGAAAUUUGGGGGGAGAGUUGUUCCCUUUGGUACCAUAGUAUAAGAAGUUCAUUUACAUCUUGAUCCUGUUAGAUGCCUGUCUUAUGAAAAAUAUUUUAAAUGCUGUUCCCAAAACUUGUGUUAAUUCAACCUGUACUCCCUUCAAGCAACUGUAAUAACUCUUUAUUUCCUUCAGUUGUAAAAUAUCCUGAAGUAGGAAUUGUGAUUAAUAAAAACGAAAAUGCAUCAAACUA